GCAGGAUACGUUCCUAACUAACUAGUACAUGAUCCGGUGUUUUCUGAUCGUCGAAUCAACAUUAGUAGUUAUUUUGGCUGUUGUCGUAAUACAAUUUUUUUAAGUUCUCGUAGCAUACGUGCUAAACUGCCUGGUGUGUAAUCUGGUGCACCCGGAUCGUCGAGUUACCAUUGUCAGUUAUUUUAAGAGUUGGCGCACUAAGUUUUUUUUAAGUUCUCGUAAGAUGCGUGUUAACUACUUGAUGUGCGAUCUGGUGUGCGCGGGUGGCCGAAACACCAUUGGUAGUUAUUUUAAGAGUUGGCGCAAUUAAAACUCUUUUAAAUUUCAUGUAAAAUACGUGCUAAAAUAUAUUUUGCAUGAUCUAGUGCAUUCGGAUCGUCGAAUCAACAUUGGUAGUUAUUUUGGCGGUUGGCAUAAUACAAAUUUUUUAAGUUCUUGUAGUAUACGUAUUGAACUGUCUGGUGCGUGAUCUGGUGCACUUGGUUCGUGGAAUCACCAUUUACAGUUAGUUUAGGAGUUGGGACACAACGUUUUUUUUUAAAGUUCUCGUAAGAUGCAUGCUAAACUACUUGGUGCGCGAUCUGGUUUGGGCAGUUCGACGGACCACCGUUAGUAAUUAUUUUAAGAGGAUCAAAAAGUAAAAAAGGAAGUCAAAUGUUGUGUUUAAGAAGCAAAACCCAACCUUAUCAGCGAUUUACAGCAAAUUACACAAUCAGCUAAAUCUGUUCGUAAAGUUAAUAUCAUCGCCAUAAAUGAUUAUGAACGACGUAUGUGGUUUCCAUUCAAAUUAUGAUAUUCAUUCGUCUAUCACUGGCUUAUUAAGCAAAAUGAAGAUCAUCACUUUACUCUGCGCCUGCAUAAGUUACCUUAAUAUUGCAAAGGCAAUGGAAAGACCUGGAGAAGCUGGACCAUCCAAAAACUUUAUUCUGCCCGGAGAACAGCAAACACUUCCAAGCCAUCAUAUUUCUCCCCAAGUUGGCGCAGCAAUGGGAGGAAAUACAGAAUAUGUCAUUCCUCGAGGAAGCAGAGUUGAGUUAAGAUUUCCAAGCGGUCCCGCUCUUGUUGGAGAAAUAAGAUUCGGUAACGCUCCUGGCUUUUUACGAAAUCCAGACGAACCAGUCACUCCAUAUGGUGAACUUUAUGUACACAUGCCUGAUCCUCAUACAAAAAGUUUCUAUGCAACUUUCCAAGGUGGACAAUCCCUGGCCCAACACGAUGCUAAUUUGAUAAAAUUCGAAGCUGUUAUAAUAACCGGCGAACACCGUGGUUUCAAAUCAGAACUUAAUUCUCACUCUACCGGUGAUGCAAAAAUCCCGACAGUUUAUGUACGACUGCCAGCAUCUAAGAAAUCUUAUGUGGGUGUGCUAAACCGUUUUGGGUAGAAUAUCCAGGAAGCCCGUUUUAAUAAAAAAAAUUGCCGGUAAUUUCGCGGUUUUUCCCGGUUCGUGAAAAUUUUUCACGGUCCAUGAAAUUUAAAAAAUCGAAAACUAAAUCUGAAAAUUGUUCUUCCGUAAUAAUAAAAACUAAAAUGCAAAUAAGAGCAUUUAAAUUGACACCUUUGAAUUUUAAAAUUAAAAAAUUGCAGUUUUAAAGUUGUUUUAUUUAACAAUAAUGUUUUCAAAUGCUGAACAAUUUACACGUAUUAAUUGUAAGCUACUGAUACUUUUUAACUGAACAGUUUUAAAUGAAAUGCAGUUAAACUGCCAAAUUUAAAAUUCUAAUUCAAAGAUUCGGAAUCACUUCU